UGUGAACUCGUCCGGAUCGUUCAACGUGCGACCCUUCAUACUCUAUGCGUCGCCAGUCGAAAAAUACGGUACCAUAGUCGUCCAGAUGUUUACGCAACUCAAUUUUGUUUUUCUUUCCAGUCACUUUUUCAUUUAUUUGUUAGAUAAGAUUUAUUCCCCGCAAUCACUGUUUGAGAUGGAGGUAACAUUUUAUUUAAUAGAUGAAAUAAAUCGAUGGGCGGCAUCGAUUAUUAUGUACGUACAGUACACUGAAACUUUGCAUACUGAAAUUGUCAAAACAUAAGAGCUAGCGGUAAUUUUUCGUUCGAAAGUAGAUAGGCAUCGCGAUUCACGAAAAGAGAUUCUGUCGAUAGUUGUACAUGUACCGAAAGGUAAACCGAACUUGACUCUAUACAGCUGUUAUACCGAAUUGUUAGCCUAGUUCCUGAUGACCGAUUCAUGCAUCUUACACCAGUCUAUCUAAACUAUUGUUCAAUCUUCCUGCCACCCUCGUAUCGCUAGACCACCCAUAACUGUUUGGAUGAAAUCGCUAAUUCCGUGACGCCAUCGACAGAGUACAAAAGCACGUCGAUCCGAAUUUAUUGUUUCAAACCUUCUCCUACUUUUAAUCAAGGUCCAAAGAUGAAUCUCAUCAAACAAAUCUUCCCAGUCUUUGUUUUUAUUUUAGUCAGUUAUUGGGCUGCAGCCGAUGAACUUUUGUCAAAUAGUUUAACUGAAUCCAGCGAACUGACGGACGAUACCAAUGUCAAUUGGAAGCAAGGAAUCAGUGGCCGGAGCACAGGUUAUUAUGGUAAUCAACUUGGGUAUUCUCAGCAUCUGCCGUCAUCCCAUCACGGUUACAGCGGUUACAGCAAAAUUAGCUCUCGGGACUCGGCGUCCCACAGCAGCGGCACUCCAAUACACAGCACCAGCGCCGGCAUAAACAGCUACUCCUCAUUAUCAGGAUCGAGUCUAUCUGCUCCUGGAUACGCGUCUUAUUCACAAGGUUACCCCUCACCCGCUUACUCUGCUCCUUCUUACCCUUCUGCACCGAUUUCCUCCUAUCCCGUGCCCAAUUACGGACCCGAGGAUUUGGCGCCGCAUGAUUACGAAGAGCAUCACCAAGAGAAGAACAAGUUUGCGAAGAAACACCUGGCUCUAGGUAUCUCUCUCCCUCUGAUUCUUGGUCCGCUGGCCGUGAUUGGCAUUUUGGCGCUUGUGAAUCUCCGCGCCGUUUUCACCGUUCUCGUCAUUCGAAGUCUCUGCACCAAUGGGCCCUUCAGGACAAAUUUCGGUCAACUCUGUUCAUUCGUCGACAAUAUCAACAAGCGUUCUUCGGACGACGUUAGCGGUUUCAAGAAUAUGGGCAGAAGAUCGCACAAAUAUUCGCGAUUGAUGAGUCUCCUCAACAGCGCCAAAUUCAUUGCCAUGGAACAUCUUAAUACGAUGGCCGAGGAGUAACAAAGCCAAUUAAUUCUGUUACAUUGCACACUUCCACUAAGUUUUCUCGGAUUUAUUUAUUUCCUAUGACUUGUUUAUUAUAAUUUAAGGGCGGGUACCACGGGCACCAGUAAAAGGUUUUACAACAAAUCAUUGUUUCAGUUCGAACAUGAAUACAAACUUUCCAGUAUUUA